UUUUUCAGAAGCUCUGACGGCUUUUUAUUUGGCGACCUUUCAUUUGUAAUCGGCUCUCUUCAAAACAGGAAGUACGUGUUGCGCGUUGAGGUUUAACUUCCGGGCAUCCGCUUUUUAAAAAAGUCUCUGUAGUUUUUUUUUAGUGUUUCUGUGUUUGCGCCGUUUGAAGAUGGCUUACAGUGUUUCUCAGCCCCGAAAUGUCCUCUAUACCUUGAUAGACAAGAAUGACCAGUCCAAAUAUGUCUGUUUCACGCAAAAGAAGGCGGAAGGGCUGAGGAUCGGACUGAGCGAUGGUUUGGAUGUUUGGAAAGCAGUUCUUUCAGAGGAAAGCCUGUCCCAGCUUAAGAAGAAGUUUUCUUUGAAGUCUACAGAGGAUUAUGCUCUGAAACUUAAGGGUGCUUGCAGGAGCGGCAGUGCAUUCGUCUCCCUGCAGGAGGACGGCGCUGUGCUUCACCUGGGCUCCGAACCUGCAGACUUGAAUUUGUCUUUCUCCAAACUGGCAGAUCAUGAGGGAAGGACAGAGCUCAAAGAUCUGCUCUUUAAAAUGGCAGACAGCUUGACUCAGGAGGACACAGGAGCCACAUCUUUAUCAAGCCCUGUCAAGAGCCCACAGAAAAAGAGCACCGGAUUUGAACCUAGGAACCAGUGCAAUGGUCCAGCAAUAGCUGUAAGGAAACGCCUUCCAGGGGAUUCACUCAUCAACCCAGGAACAAGAAGGAAGCGGCCUGCUACAGGGGUAGAUUUUGACGAUGGAGAUGACGCAUAGGGUCAGCGCACAUGAAUCUCCUGAAGCUAAUAAUUACGUGACAUGAAUGUUCCAGUUUUAACCCACCAACACUAUCACUGCAGUUAAUACAAUCUAUUUUUAACCAAUACAUAACACUAACACUAUAGACUGUUUUUAUGAACUAUAUCUUUGUGGGAAUAUUCCAAUUAUGAAGUAAGCUUUUUAAAAAUUUUAACUAUAUGUCUAAAUAAACAUAUUAUUUUUUUAAAAUAUUCUAAAUCAGUGUGUUUAUAUGGUGAGGGGUGCCAUCUUCACUGCUGUGUAGUGUGAGGGCACAGGAGUGCUAUUUAUCUUCAUAAGAGCACAGGUGGAUUAUAAACAGGAGGGGGUAGUGAAUAGUUAGGAUCUUAUCAACCAAUCACAUUACCCAUCUUGUAGGGUACAUUUGAACAGCUGUGCAAUGUGCAGCAGCCCAUCAUGAAAUUGGAGCACUUACAGCCUUUUUUUCCUGCCUGUAUUCUGACAAAUCCCACAGUUGUGCAUUAGGAUUAGGUAGCAGUAUCCUGCUUCCAGUUUGAACUCACAAGCAUGUUUUGGGUCAGCUAACAGGCCACCUAGACUAAAUUGAAGAAAUAAUAAAGCAGUAUUGUAUUACAGUAUUCUGUUUAAACACAGCUAAUAUUAUUAGUCUUGCAGGGCAGACCUCUGAAUAUCGCCAAGUCUGAUCAGUAUUUAUUCACGAUCAGCCCUCCUGGAUAUCUUGCUUAUAGGCCACUGAUUGGGAUGCAGCCGGUAUUGCAUAUUAGGCCUGUAACAUGCAUUUUUCUGUGCUAGUGUUCAAGACUCGGUACCGUUUUUGAUGUUUUGUUAUUUUAUUUGAAAAUUUGCAAACCCUUAGAAUUCAUAAGCAGCUUCAAAGGAAACACCCAGUCAUUUGAGUGUGGGUGUGUGCAGAGCUUAAGCCCCGCCCCUCUCUGCACGCUUUACUCCGAAAGGAGGCACCAAGGUGCUAGGUUUAUUUUCAGUAUAUUUACAUGUAGAUAACCAUCCAAUAACUGCAGAGUAUCAGAUCUUGCCGAUAAUUCGUUUAAUGCGUUUACAAGAACUUCGGUCGCAAAGCAGAAAUCUAAUUAUUGACUGACUCAU